UCUCGUGAUGAUGCAAUAUUUCUUUUAUUAUUAGACAAGCCUACGAGGAUAAUAUGAUCGCAUCUCUCUCUCUCUCUCUAAAUUUUGAGUUUGCUUAAAUUUAAUUUUAAGAACGACUAAAUGCGAUUUGACUGAAUCGUCACGUAAAUCGUAUAAUCACAUGACUUCCGUAUCAUGUCAAUAACGCGCAAGCGCAUUGUUUCGAAAAGAGUCGCUUCAAUUUCCCUAGACAAGCUAGUCGACGCACUAGUUACUUUAACAGUAAGUUUUGCGAUUUUACACCCUAGAAGGGACACACUGGACACUCAUAAAUCGUGCGAGAACGCGAGGAAAAUCAGGGAAAAUGUCAUGUGCUCCUCAAACAGAAGCACGUGGUUAACCUCUCAUAAGUGGACGAACAAACAAGAUUGACGAUACAUCCGUCCCGAUGGCUCCGAAAAGACGUUCGUUCCGUGGCGGAAAGAGGAAAUUCGAUGGACGCAACGCGCGAAGUCAGACCAAGCCGAAAAAAGGCAAGUUUGACCUGAGAAAAGCUUCUUACAUCAAAGAGCGCGAUGCCAAAAACGAGGCGAUUGAGGCUCGCAGAAGAAUGAUAGAGGAGGAGAAGGUGCAUCAGCGACUACGCGAAACCGAUAGUUCGGAGGAGGAAGAACUCGAUCCCGAAUGGGCCUUGUUGUCUACAUUUGCUGGCUUCGAAAGGUAUUUAAAGCCGAUUGUAACUAGUUCAGACAGCGAAAGUGAAACAACGUCCGAUACAGAGAAUGAAGAAGGAAAGAAGAAAAGGGAGAAAGAAGUAGAAAAAAUUAAAGUGGAGAAAGUUGAUGAGAGAACAGCCAUAGAUGAGACCUGUGAAACAGAUGGCGAGGAAUCUUCCGAUCAAAGUGGAAAGGAAGAGACGACAAUUAGAAAAGGAAACUAUGAUGACGAUCUCGAGGACGCCGAGACCGCCCAGGAAGAUGCUGGUCACUUGAGAGAUCCGUUUUCCCUACAUUUGCGCAACGACAUGGACGACAGAUUGUAUCGAGCGGUCUCCGCAAGACCGCAAGUUGCGGAGAACGCGACAUUGUUGUGGCCCGUACUUGGGAAUCUGAUGUGUCAGAUCCCAAAGCCGGUCGUCGAAGCGAACGACACGUCGACGAGUGUCAGAAAGCUCCUGGACGACGAAGAGAAGCGAUACGCCGACUGCGGUAAGACUCCUAGUCCAAUUGGAGGCGUCGAUUGGAACAAAUUGCAUGUAAAGUCACAAAUACAAAACAAUCUAGUUAAAGCUAACAACAACGAUGCAAGAGGUAGCGUGGAAAAAGAUGCAGCUCUCACUCCCCUUCAGAGAGAACUGUUCUCCGUGAUAAACAACUAUCAAGAUUUGUAUUAUCCCGAAAGGACAUUCUCGAACGCCGAUCAGAUACGAUUCGUGUACUGUCUGCACGUGAUAAACCACGUGUUGAAAACGAGGACGAAGAUACUGCAUCACAAUGCGAAAUUGGCGAAAUCCAAUCGCAGUGGCAUGGGAGAGGUUCCGGAUGAGUACAGGGAUCAGGGUUUCGUGAGGCCGAAGGUGCUCAUUAUCGUGCCGUUCAAGCAUUCCUGCUUGAAGAUCGUUGAAACGUUCAUCUCGAUCUUGAUCGGGGAAGACAGAGGCGGUGCCGUCAUCAACAAGCUACGAUUCAUGGAAGAUUUCACUGGGAACGAACUGGCGAUACCCACGAGGAAUCCUAAACCAGAGGAUUACAGACUGACCUUGCAAGGCAACAUCGACGACAAGUUCAAGAUAGGCAUAGCCGUUACGAAGAAGUCUCUCAAGUUGUACACGAAGUUCUAUUCGUCCGACAUUAUAAUCGCCUCGCCGUUGGGCCUCAGGAGGGUAAUAGGCGCGGAGGGUGAAGCGGAGAGGGACUACGAUUUCCUGUCAUGCAUCGAACUGCUGAUCAUGGACCAGGUGGACGUGGUCGCCAUGCAAAACUGGGAUCAUCUGAAUCAAGUGCUGGAUCACUUGCAUCUGCAACCGAAGAGGUCUCACGACAUUGAGUAUCCCCGUCUGAGGGGUUGGUGCGUGAACGGCUGGAGUAAGUAUUACAGGCAGACGUUGAUCUUCUCCAGCAUCGAGCUGCCGCACAUAAACGCGACGUUCACCAGGAGAUGCUUCAAUUACGCGGGUAGGGUGAAAGUGGCGAAUCCAGUUGAGCCGGGCUCGAUACGCCAGGUGGUCAUCAAGCCUGCCCAGGUGUUCUACAGGUUCGACGCGUCCGAUCUCGUCCAGGCUAUCGACGCCAGGAUGGAAUUUUUCCUGAAAGAAGUGCUACCACGCUACAGGGACCCCAUCAUGAACCACACGUUGAUCUACGUGCCGUGUUACUUCGACUUCAUAUCGCUGCGAAACCGCAUGAUGAAGGAGGACUUGAGUUUCGUGCAAAUCAGCGAGUAUACCAAGGACCGGAAGGUCGCCAGGGCGAGGGACACGUUCUUCCACAGCGACGCGCAUUUCCUCCUCUACACGGAACGCUGGCACUUUUAUCGCAGAACGAGGAUAAAGAGUAUUCGCCAUCUCGUCUUUUAUCAACCACCCACUUACCCCCAUUUCUACAGCGAAAUGUGCAACAUGAUGCAGAGGGAGUAUCAGAAUCCACGCGCCGGCUCGGACAGCAACAUGUCGGUGAGCGUUCUGUACAACAAGUUUGAUGCCUUGGCGCUCGCUCGAAUUGUAGGCCAGAACAGAGCCACCAAGAUGAUAAUGUCCGAGGAAAAGAUCCACACGAUUACGUGUUGAGGCCUGAACGCUGCUUUGCGUGACUUCUCUUUUAUUAUCGUGUAAAUAAGUAACUUAAAAAUAAUGUAAAAAGUAUCCUAAAACUUAUUUUUACCCAAGUACUGAUAUUUAUAUCGAGAGUAAGGGAAUGUAAAUUUCAUUCAAGACACUGAAUUAUUCAAUAAAAAUGUAUAGCUGGAA